GAGAGAGAGAGAGAGAGAGAGCACUCCCAGAUUUGGCCGCCCUGUUCAUUCCUCUCCAACAAUGGCGGCCGAGAAGCAGCAGAGACAAAUUAAGGAGGAGAGGGCCAAGAAAUUGCAGUACGAGAAGAGAAAAUCCACUCUUCUGAAAGGAGGCAAAGAACUGUCCAUACUCUGCGGCAUCAAUGUCUGCCUCGUCGUCCUCUCCCCCGACGGCAAGCUGGAGACUUGGCCGGAGAAUCUCUACGACGUCAGGGCCGCCUUCCGCCAUGCCGCCGGGUCCAACAAGCGCCCCCGCUCCGACGAUUACAGAAUGCGCCGCCGCAGUCCCUCCCAAGUCGGAAUUGAUGUCGAGGAUGAUGAUGCCAAGAAGGCCAACAAGAAGAUGAAGGCGAACAAUUCUGCAGGGGUUCUUGAGAUGGGCAAGAAAACAGAGGAGGAUCAUCAUCAGCUUCCUCUUUUUAAUUGUUGCGCCAUGUUUGAUCCUCUGUGUGUACAGCCGCUGCAGAGCAUUUUGGGAGGAGAUUUCCAGUUCGGGAAUUAUAUGUGAUCAGUAUGUUAUAUAUUUUCAUUACUAUCAGUAUAUAUUAGCCUUAAUUACUACUUAAGAGUUUGAUGGUCAUUAAUCAAUGCAUGGUAGUUCGUUCCAGAACUUUGUUAGUUAAAUUAAACCCAGUAGACAUUAUAUUGAUGACAAACAUAUAUUAGUUGAAGCAAUUAGUUCGUUCCAAUUUGUGUUUUGAUCUUGUUUGCCAUUGUCUCAAUCUGCUUUUAAUUUGAAGCAAAUAAUUGAUCAAUCUUCUACAAGUCUUCUAGUAAAGUAGGUGUUAAUUA